AUGCUGCGGCUGCUGCUGCGCGCGGGCGGGCUGCUGCAGGCGCCGCGGCCGCUGCUGCGCAGCGGCAGCGCUCAAGCUGGCGGCGGCAAGCUCACCGAGGGCGCUCUGGGCGCGGCGGGUGGCACUCGCGAGACACUGCCCAUCUUCCCUCUCAGCAUCGUGGCGCUGCCGGCGGCAGACGUGCCGCUCCAGAUCUUCGAGGCACGGUAUCGCGUGCUGUUCAGCACUCUCAUGGCGGGCGCCAAGGGCGUGGACGAGGGGCUGGUCAACACCGAGAAGCCGUGGUGCGGCAGCCGCCUGUUUGGCAUGGCCUUCUACGACCCGCAGUCGCAGGGGCUGGCCUCCAUCGGCACGCUGCUGGAGAUCACGGAUCAUGCCAACCUGGAGGACGGGCGCAUGAUUGUGAACAACGUGGGGCGCCAGCGCUUCAAGAUCCUGGAGGUGGUGGAGGAGAAGCCGGUGCUUAUCUGCCGCGUGGAGUACCUGCCUGACGAGCAGGAUGCGGGGGCUGACACUCCAGAGGCGCGCAGCCUGGCGGCCGAGGUGGCGGAGCUCUUCCGCAGCGUGGUGUCGCUGAGCGUGAAGCUGAAGGCCACCUCUGUGCCCGCCGACAUCACCAACCCCAAGCAGCUCAGCGAGCUCGCCCCCUGCCAGUUGUCCUUCUGGGUGGCGUCCCUGUUUGCAGGCAACCCCUACCAGCAGCAGGCGCUUCUGGAGGAGGAGACGACGAUGGGGCGGCUGAAGGCGGUACAGGAGCUUCUCAACGGUACAGUCAAGUACCUGUCAGCGCAGGCGGCGCUGCAGAGCGCGUUCAAGACCACGGGCGGCGGCGGCGGCGGUGGCGGCGGCAGCACCGGCAGCAGCCCGCCGCCGCCGGGCGGCCCCGACUGA